AUGGCGAACGUGUCUGCGAACGCGGUCGGUGGCCUGUCGGUCAAUGCCGUGCCAUUCGAAUGCGCCACGCAAGCAGCAGCAGCAGCAGCAGCAGCACCACCUCCACCACCGGGACCACUGCGCUCGAACCAGCCCACCCAGCAUCCCCACUCGAACGAGUAUGGCCAACCAUCGAUGACGCAAUAUGCUGUCGACUUGACACCAACAUCAUCGUCGCAAGCGGGUGGUACAGGACCUAGGAGACGCGCAGCAAAGGCCGUCGUCGCCGUCGCCGAUCACUGGCUCAGAGGAGGGGGUGCCGCUGGUGCGACCCACAGGAACCACAACCAACACCAGGCACAGCGUGACGAGCACUCUGCCUUCUCCUCCUCGAGACCCAAGCCGACCGUGGAUCGCAAUAUGAAAGGCUCGCCGAGGAAUGUCAACUCGAAUGGGAGUAAUGGGCUUCCGAGUCUCGCGGGUGCUGCGGUUUCGCGACGGACGGCGCUAGCCAGCCCGAAUGCGAGCGUCGGCACGGGGGCGUCCUUUUCGGCUCAGUCGCUGUUGCUCAGACCCCACUCGUCGACCGCAUCACUGGGAUCGUUCGAAAUGCCCGCCAGUCCGUCCACGACCAUGUCGUCGCUGCACUCGUACUCGAACAAUCCGUCGCUGCCUCCGCCGCCUCUCGGAGCAGCGUUCCACCGUCACUCCGCAGGCGCCAAGUUCGCCCAGCCGGGCUCGCAGCAUCCGCACCACAUCCCGCACCACCACCACCACCAACAGUUUCAUCAUCUUCCCUCUUCGUCCUCUUCGAAUCUGAACCACUCGUCUCUUCACCCAUCCGCGGCGUAUACCCACCCUCACCACCACCCCAACCCCCACUCGGAGCGCCAGUCUCGACCCGUAGGCUCGCACGUCUCCUUGCCGGUACUCCCCACCGCUUCUUCUUGCUCGGCUCCGGCUCCUGGACCUUCCCAUCGUUCAAAACGGGACCAUCACAACCAGCAUCACCCGUCGCAGCCGCAGCCGCAGCCGCACCACCACCACGAGCCCAAGUACGACGCCGACUUUGAUCGAGGCACGCCCUCCCGGGGCCCCACCUCCUCUGCGGCGCGCAACUUGUUCAACCCCGAUGCACCCAACGAACCCGUUCCUUCGUCCUCGACUACUUCGAACACAGCGAGACGGAGGGGGGACGAUCGUAUCGCCUCGACGACCUCCCUCGGGACCGCGGCUUCGACGACCUCGGCCUCGGCCUCGCGCAAGCAGAGGAGCAAGAGGGACGUCGUCGAUCCGCUCGACUUGGGGCGCAGGGUCAUGGGGGAGAGCAAGGACAGCAUCGAAUCCGAGGACAGCGUUACCAGCGGAGCUAGGUCAGCAAGCAGGGCGUCCAAGGAAGGGGGAAGACCCAGGCGAAGUCGGAGGGACGACGUUCGCGGCUCGGGCAAGCGACGAGGUGGAGGGGACGACGGCGAUUUGCUGAACCCCGUGGGAAGCACAUCCAGUCUAGGCACCAUUCCAGCGACCCCGACUUCGAAUGCACCGGGUACGGGCUCUUCGAGACAGUUGUUCGACCCUCGCAGGGACGAUCCCGUCAAGUUCGCGCAGGGAGCUGGAGCUGCCGGAGGAGGUGGAGGAGGGCCGAGCGCUUCGUCGAGAAAGAACGCCGUUAGGGCCACCGAUUCGAGGAGCCUCGUCUCGGUCGCCAGCUCAACUGCAUCGCAAACGAAUGCGGACCAGACCGCCAAUGAAACGGCGGCUGCGAGCGCCUCGGCGCCCGAAGAGGCACCUGCACCACCGGCCGCACCUUCGGAGAACCCGAUCGUCGCUCAGCUCAAGCGCGCGUACAGGGAGAUCGUCGAGCUUGAGACGAAGAUGCAGGACGAGAAUAAGGCCGCGUUGGCGGCGAUGCAGCGCGAGGACGAAGCGAGUCCGCAUCAUCAGCCUGGGGUGCGCAUCAAGGGCCAAGGGAGGAAGUUUGAUGACGAGUAUUGGGUCAAGCUGGCUUCGGGUCACAAGCAGUGAGUCCUGGUGAUCUGCAUUUGGUUCCCGUUUCUCCAAAGCUGAUUCAAGUAAUUUCUCUUAUAUUUGCAGACUCGCAGACGCUCAUUAUUCGUUCUUGCAAAUGGCUUUGGACCCUCACCUGCCUGCUUCCUUGCAUUCGCUACCGCAAAAGUACAACAUUCCGACUCGGCUGUGGCAAACGGCGUUCCACCAACUGCUUGAGCGAAUGCGCCACGCCGUGCUGGCCAGUCCUCCCUCUUCUUCAAAUACGCCAUCCAGCAACACGGAAGCGAACGUGAUGGAACACCUCGUCGAGUUCAUCCAGUACGCCUAUGGCUAUUAUUCGCAACUGUUCGAGGACCCGACCGUCAGCGCUUUCCGCUCGGCCUGGAUCGAGCAACUCGGCGACCUGGCUCGAUAUCGCAUGGCCGUCGCCGGUCUCGCAUCCCGAGUUUCGGCAGCCGCCGCCCAGUCCUCUGCGAAUACGAAUGGCACGAGUUUGACCCUUCCCGCCUCGCCGAAAUUCGACUCGAGCGACGCGCGACCCAUUGAAGUGGCGAGUAUUGGUGUCCCCGCUCUCAACGAUUGGGAUCUGGAGGAACAAGAGACGUGGCGCGUCAUGGCGCGCGAUUGGUAUGGUCAGGGUAUCGCUGAGGCUCCGGGGACGGGGCGGUUGCAUCAUCAUUUGGCGUUGCUGAGUAAAGGCGACGAGAUGAGGGGUUUGUACCAUUAUGCCAAGAGGUGAGUGGUGCUCUACUGCCGUGCCGUGGAAUUCAAAGGAGAUGCGGGUACUGAUUGACUUUGUUCAUUCAGUUUAACGGCGACUCAUCCCUACGUCAGCGCUCGGGAAUCAAUCCUGCCUCUGUUCGAGGAGGAGCAUCAAGCCCGACGAACUCAGUCGGACGUGCGCAAGGCCGAGCUCUUCGUUCACAUUCACGGCAUGCUCUUCACCAAGAUCUCGCUCGACGACUUCGAUGAAACGCUUGGACGCUUGCUCGAAAAGAUUCGCGAAGAGAGUGUCGUCAUCCGCAUGGCCGAUGGGGAUUGGAGUGCAUUGGGCUCAGACGCGUCGGCUCCGUUCGGAGACGUCGAGUGGUUCAUGAUCGGUGUGAUCAACAUCUCGGCGUUGUUGCAGUACGGUGCCGAAGAUGGGGUGUUGAACAAGGCCAUGUCCAAGGAGGCUCAGCCUCAUCCAGGCAACUCGCGCGCUGCUGCCGCAGCCGCGGCGGCCAAGGCCAAGAUGCCUCAAGCGAUCAUGAUCAAUACGACGUCGACGAAGCGAAGCGAGGCCAAGGACCCACCCGAAGAGGACGAGACGACCCUCCAGAUCAGUCAGUCUUCUCCCGAGGAAGCGACGAACGUCGUCAAGCAGCUCCACGCCGCCGCCGAUGACGAUGCUCCGCUCGUAUUCCGCUUGGCGCAACGCCUCACUUUUUCGCUGCUCGAACACGCCCUCCGCCAUCCUACCCGCAUGGUCGGUGACUCAGCGGUCGUCAACCCUUACAUCAUCCUCAUACUCACGUUCCUGGGUCAAGUAUCGCAAUUCCCCGUUGCAUUGCGCCACCUCGAACGAGCUGUCCCAUGGACGAAGCUCGUCGAGUUCUUCAACCACAUUCCAUCGACGUACGAUGUGCGCCCCGAUGCCCCGAUCAAGCUCACGGGUGGUCCUUUACCCGAAGACUGGUGCAUCCGAGGCCAAGACUGGACCGGCAAGCACCUCUUCUCGCGUGGCUUCUGGAAAGCCAGGACCGUCGUCGCUGGAGGAAGGCGCGACGAGUUUGCACCUCCUCCGCCUAUCGAGGGGCUGGUCGGCAAUGUCACCGGUGCGACGGUCGAGAGUGAAAUGGAGGCUUUGUCCUUUGACCUCUCCGCCAUGGACCAGUUCGUCGACGAAGACGUCGAGCGUGACGGACCACCUGCAACUGCCAGUGCGCAUCUCACAUCGAUGCGCUGGCGUCGUACCGCUACCGUCGCUGGAUGGCUCGCGCGCAACGUCGCCGGUCUCGACGUGGAUGCUUACGCCGCCGCUGUCGGCGCGCCACGCUUCAUCGUUGCUGGUGCUUUGGACUCCAAGCUGCGACGAUGGGCGAAGGAGGAGAAGGAAGCCGAAGAGGCCGAACGACAAUCUCGCCUAGCCGCGAAGCAACGUGCAGGAGAAACCGAGGAUGACGACGACAUGGACGGCGAUUCGUCCGAUGACGAAGAGGUCGAAGACGACGAGAACGAUUCUCCGACCGUGCGCGAACUCAAGGCUCGUCGACGACACCUCAAAGCUGUCAUUCGCCAAGCUCGACUUGCGACGCGUGGUCCAGCCCCGACCUCGAUCCGUCGUCUGGGUGGUGCGACGUCGAACAAGAAGCGCAAGGCCAAGUCGAAUGGCUCGAUGCGUACGCUGCUCAAGGUCCUGCCUGGAUAUACGGUCCUCGUGUUCGAUACCAACAUCUUAUUGUCGUCGAUGAAGCUCUUCCGCGACCUUGUCGAGGCCGAAGUGUGGACAAUCGUUGUACCUCUUGCUGGUGAGUUACUUCCCAUCAUCUUUGCCCUUUCAGAUGCCAUUAGUGCUCACUCUCAUGCCCAUGCCACAGUCAUCACCGAACUCGACGGUCUGCGCCGCAACGAGUCCCCCUUGGGCGUCGCCGCGAGCGAAGCGAUCAGCUACCUCGAAGCGACGAUCCGCACCCACGGACGCUUCCUUAAAGUCCUAACCUCGCGCGGCAACUACCUCUCGGACCUAACGAUCCGUGCCGAAUCGAUCAAUUUUGCAAGCCAAGACCGACCGGACGGCCCGGGCUUUUCACACGAUUCAGCCCGCUCCAUGGACGACGUCAUCCUUCGUGCCGUCUCGUGGCAAAAAGAACAUUUCUCGAACCGCAUUGCGUUGCUCAAUCCGGAGAAGGCUCGAGCACCUAUCACGAAUGACGUCAGCCAGGUCGUGUUGGUCACAUUCGAUCGCAACUUGCGCUUGAAGGCCAAGGCGAGGGGUUUGGACGCCGCGGACGAGGAUGGCAUGGCGCUCAUGUUGGAACAUGGAUGA